AUGCAUUCCUUCAGUACUAAAAAUGCCUUGAUAGGUGUUCUGUUUAUUUACCAAAUAACUGCUUGUGAUAUUACCGCCACAUUGACCUCCCAAACUUUCCAUGAGAUUUUCGCUCAGUUCACUUUUCACAAUAACACAAAAAGUCCAAUUUAUCACUUUGAUGAAGAUGGAAAGACUGAAAAUGUGCACAUCACUGGAAUGUUCUGCAAUAUGAAACCCACGAAGCUUGAUGUAUACAGUAUCUCUCCAACUGCCACAACAAAACCAAACGGUACCAGUCAGGCAUUUAUAGAAGGAUUCGGUUACGUAAACUAUGUUCUUCUGAGUGAUGGCGUAUUCAUGGGAAUGAAAGCAGGAAUCGCAUGUGCGGCAGGAGACUGUGGAGCUUCCAGAGGAUAA